AUGCCCGCGCUCUCCCCUCUUCUUCUGGCCGGGCUGGCCACGCUGGUCUCUGCCGAAACCCGCGGCAUCACGCCGCACGACAUGUACAGCUCUUCUGUCGGCGUCCUCGGUUGCAAGAUCGACACCAACCGGGUGGCGUACUGGCCCAUGGCCGUAGACUGCGACAACAUCUGCGUCCGGGUCACGUACAACGGCCGCUCGGUCGACCUCCUGCGCAUCGACCAAUCCGGCGGAGCCUACGACAUCUCGUACGACGCCUGGGCCUAUCUCCAGACCGGCCAGAGCGCCGCGCAGAACCCGAUCACCGGCGGGGCGGUCAACAUGCAGAUCGAGACCGUCUCGGCCGACAACUGCCUCAAGCACCUCAAGACCGGCGGCCUUCCGCUCUCGGCCUCCAACAGCAUCAACUACGUCGCCAGCUGCCUCGGCCAGCCCAACAGCUGGGUCGCCCAGCACUACCAGCUGUUCAACAUCCAGGACCCGGUCUGCCACUGGGGCUGGGAUGAGCAGUGCAGUCUCAACCUCGCCGUCAGCAACCAGCCUACGUGCCCGCAUCAGCUCGGCACCACCAAUGGCCGCCUGCCCGAUUCCGUCUUCAACAUUCAGUACGGCACUGGGAAGACCGUCGCUGCUCCUUGA